GCCAAUACGGAACAUCAAUCGCAAGGACUCCUGCUAAAUUCAUGCAAAACUCUGUCAUGUUGGCCGACACCGCCGAAACUGCUGGAGGUAGAGAAGUUCCAGUCAUUAUUGCCCACCGAGGCAAUACGCGUGGGCCGAGGAAGGAAUUGGAAAAUACGCUACCGUAUAUACAGGACGCCAUUGCGCAGGGUUUUGAUGUAGAGGUGGACGUGUGGAGCAUAGACGGCCAACUCUUUUUUGGCCACGACGAGCCGGAGAUUCCUAUAGAACCUUCGUUCCUUGACCAGUACGCUGGUAAUUUGUGGUGUCAUGCAAAGAAUGUACAUGCACUGGCAUAUCUGCUGAGCCGUCGUGAUGUAUUGCGUUCUUUCUCACACGAUAUCGACCCGCACGUUAUAACGUCCGAUGGCCGUAUCUGGACAUAUCCCGGCAGGGAGUUGGUAAAAGGAGCAAUCUCGGUCAUGCCUGAAAGAUCGGAUCAUCAAACUGGCAUUUGGAACUGCUAUGGCAUAUGCACAGACUUCGCCACACUGUACGCUACGUAUGUCGAAAUGCGGACACGGAACAGAAAGAAGCUUGUGGGGCAUCGCACCAAAAAAGAAAGCGACUACAUCAACCCAUUGAUUGUGGAUAAGCUUCUGCACCAUACUCUCAUAGACGAACGGAGGUGCCUUGCAGUGUAUACGUACUACGAUGACUUUGCUCCGACACCUGCCUGGUCAGCUUUGAACACAUACCUGGCCAAAGAAUUGGGCAACCAGAACAUCUACGACGUUGCUGGCCCAAUUUCGUUCGUUCAUUGGACAUUUAUGCAGAUCCUUGGUUUUGAACAGUGGGAGGAACACAGUGCUACAUUUGCUUGUCAUCAGUCAAAGUAUCUUGCCAUCUUGCGGGAAGAAAUGGCAACCUUGUUACCCCUCACAAUCAAGUGGUCUGGCUUGGUGGCAGUGUCAACCGGCCUUGUCAUGCUCGGAUACCCAUCGGUGGACGUGAAUAUCUGGCGGCAGCGAAUAGAAAGCCGCUUGGAGAAGGAAGGAUUGCCAUUUCGGCGGUAUCAAAACGACAUUGUGCACUCAACCAUUUUGCGUCUUUCCGCGGAUGUAUCGCCCGAGCACCUGAUUGCCGCAAGCGACGCAUGGCAAGACGUCUUCUUUGGAACACUGACCGUAUCGAAGUUCCAGGUCGGUAGAUCGAGCUGGAGAAUGCAACCCACAGAGUGUGUGACCGUGGAUGUAGUAGAGAACAAUGGCCGCUAAUUAGUCGUGACAAUCACUUUGUUUUGGGCGGGUGCAGGCCUGUGUCACGAACGCAUCUGUGAUACACUUCCAAGAUAUUAUUAAAAGUGCUUAUGUAGACAUUCCUCUAUUUAGUUAUAUUUUGUUUGUACAUGGGCAUAACCUUGCUCUCAGAAGUGAUUUCUACCGGGGAAAUCAGUGUUCCAGGCGCUAAGUUCAAUAAACAACACUGCAUGGCGAUAAUCAAGACGCCCCAUCCAAGCAGAG